AUGCUAACGGCCGACAUUCCUCCAAAUCAAACCAUCUACAUCAAAAACCUCAACGAGAAGGUCAAGAAAGAAGAAUUGAGAAGAUCGCUUUACUGUUUGUUUUCUCAAUAUGGAAGGAUUCUGGAUGUCGUGGCCUUGAAGACACAGAAGCUCAGAGGGCAAGCAUGGGUGUGCUUCAGUGAAGUAACAGCUGCCAGUAAUGCAGUGCGGCAAAUGCAGGGUUUUCCAUUUUAUGACAAGCCCAUGCGAAUCCAAUAUGCAAAAACAAAGUCAGACUGCCUUGUAGAGGCAGAAGGAGUUUACGAUCCAAAUGCAAAGAAGAAGAAGAAACAAGAAGAAAAAGCUGAAAGGAAGAGGCGUGUAGAAGAAGCUCAGCAAUCUGCAACAGCUAAUGGCUCAACUGCUGACAAUAACAGAGGCCCUACUUCUUUCCGCCCAGGAAGUGGUGGGGGCGAACAUGAAACCAUUCCACCAAACAACAUUUUGUUCAUUCAGAAUCUGCCGCAUGGAACCACCAGCAUGAUGUUGCAUGUCUUGUUCCAGCAGUACCCUGGGUUCAAGGAAGUCAGGAUGGUAGAAGCGAAGCCUGGUAUUGCAUUUGUUGAAUUCGAUGAUGAUGUUCAGUCAUCCAUGGCCAUGCAGGCACUUCAAGGAUUCAAAAUCACUCCUCAAAACCCAAUGGCCAUCAGUUUUGCCAAGAAGUAG